UGUAGUAGCCCACAAAUUCAAAUUUCAAAUUACCUGUCAUUAGUGUUCAGUUCGAAACAAAAUCCAAAACUCACUCACAUCACUCGCUUAGCUUGGCGUGAACACCGGCAACAAUAUACUUUUCUACUAACUUUUCUACGAGCAUCUUUUCACGAUGAAGCCAUCUUCGCUGACGUGCCGCAUUCGCCAGAUUUGGAUCUUGUCCAGCUGGCUGCGUCAGGAAGCGGCGGCGGCGGCUGCCAUGUUGGUGGUGCGGCGCCACCAGGUGCAGCUGAAGGCGGAGGAGGACGAGCGGCGGGCGGCAGCCGAGGUAGCGGACGGUAGCCAGUAUGGCGUCGACUCCCAGGGAAGAAUGCGGGCCGUCCGCAUGCUCGACGACUACAUCGUGCCCUUCGAGUGCACCCUCUGAUGGUUCAGUUUCAAGUCUGAUCUCUAGCUGGUCGUACAUGAUGUGCCUUAUUGCUGAGUUACAUGUUCCCGUUCCCGAAGCACGCAGAUCUGUCUGUUGGUCAGGUGCAUCCGUAAUGGGGUUUUUUCCAAAUUUUGGUUCGCAGCCAGGAAUUCCAUAAAUAUUAAUUACAUUCUAUCAUUACAAGGACAUCAAGACCAAGCUCGAUAAUUGAGUUUAAUAAAUUGAGUUCGUUUCAAA